AUGGAACAUGUACGUUUGCCAUUACUAAAGCCUGAUAUAUUAUUUAAUAUAUCUGAAGAACCUCUUCUAGACAAUAUUUCUAAAUGUAAAGAUUAUAUAAUGGAAGCAUUCCAUUUUAAUCAUCAAAAAUCAGUUCAGCAUUUCACCAUUCCAAAAACAAUUAGGUUUAAACCUAGACAGUUUGAUGGUUUUCAAAAAGUUAUUCUAAUGUUCAGUAAGUCUAAUACAUCACCAGAGUGUUAUACUGAAUGGUAUGACCCAGCAACCAAGCUAAGAGAGAAUGCUCCAGGAAUAAAUGAAUCUCGGAAGUGUGCUGGUUUUGGUGUGAUAAAUCAUCAAUUUGUGUUUGCUGUGGGAGGUGUAGAUGGAUCGAGUUCUACAUCUGUUAGUAUGCUUGACGUAUCUUCACAAUCACCUUCAUGGGUUCCAAUGGCUGACAUGUUAGUUAGUAGAAUGCGUUUGGGAGUUGGUGUAUUGGAUGAUUGUAUAUAUGCAGUUGGCGGAAGUGACGGUGACAGUUUUUUAAAAAGUGUAGAGGUAUGUGAUGUCAUUACCCAAAAAUGGAGAUUUUUGUCUAGUAUGACAAUUAAGAGAUAUAAAUUUGGCGUUGGUGUACUCAAUAAUCGUCUAUACUCAGUUGGAGGUUAUAAUGGUAAACAUUUAAAAUCUGUUGAAUAUUAUGAUCCCAGGCUUGACAUAUGGACUCCGGUUGCAGAAAUGUCUGAGUGUCGUCAAGGUGUUGGUGUAGGGGUUUUGGAUGGUCUUAUGUACGCAAUUGGUGGCUAUAAUGGAAAGUAUCUUAAAAGUGUUGAGGUUUAUAGACCAAGUGAUGGAGUUUGGUCUUCUAUAGCUGAUAUGAAUUUAUGCCGAUGUUUCACUGGAGUAGCCGUAUUAGAUGGUUUAUUAACGACGUACAGGAUUAAAAGAGCUGACGACUUCCCUAGCGGCUGCCGUGUAGCUACAAUAUUCCGGGAGUCGCCCACACAUUAG